AUUAAAAGGAAAACAACAUAAAGCGAAAAAGGAAAGAGCAACCAGCGACCGACGCUACAUCGCACCUUCCUCCUACUCUGAAUUAUUUCCAUAUUUUUUUUCUUUUCAGGCAAUUCUAUUUCCUUUUAGGCUUAACAAAAUUCUGAUCUUAGGGUUUCCAAUUUUCUCUCAAGAUCUGCCUUCCAUUAUCACACCUUUUAAGCUUCGCGUUUUUCUACUCAGGAGCAGGUGGGGAUGAUAGAAUGCAGUGUUUGCCAUUCUAAAAUAGAACCACCGGCUAGCAAAUCUAUAUCCAGGGCUUACGACAAGCACCGUACCUUUGUUUCUUCCAAAAAUCGUUUCCUCAAUGUUAUUUUGGUUGCUGGUGACUGCCUUUUGGUCGGUUUUCAGCCCAUAUUGGUUUAUAUGUCAAAGGUGGAUGGGGGCUUCAAGUAUAGUCCCAUUAGCGUUAACUUUCUCAUUGAGGUGGCCAAAGUUAUUUUCGCCGUUGUUAUGCUCUUGUUCCAGUCUCGGCAUAAGAAAGUUGGGGAAAAAUCUCUUCUCUCAGUUUCUGCACUAGUUCAGGCUGCUCGAAAUAAUGUCCUUCUUGCAGUUCCAGCUCUACUUUAUGCUAUUAAUAAUUACCUAAAGUUCAUCAUGCAGCUUUAUUUCAAUCCUGCGACAGUGAAGAUGCUUAGCAACCUGAAGGUUUUGGUAAUAGCUAUCUUGUUAAAGAUGAUUAUGAAACGGAAGUUUUCCAUUCUUCAGUGGGAGGCUCUCGCUUUGUUGCUUAUUGGAAUUAGUAUAAAUCAGUUGCGGUCUUUACCAGAGGGUGCUAGUUCAUUUGGUCUUCCAGUUGCAACAGGCGCAUACUUAUACACACUAAUUUUUGUUACUGUUCCAUCCCUGGCAUCAGUCUUCAAUGAGUAUGCUUUAAAGAGCCAAUUUGAGUCAAGCAUAUACCACCAGAACUUAUUUCUUUACGGAUAUGGUGCCAUGUUCAAUUUCCUAGCCAUUUUGGGAAUUGCAAUUUUUAAAGGUCCAAGUAGCUUGGAUAUCCUGCAGGGACAUUCGAAGGCUACAAUGCUUUUAAUAUGCAACAAUGCAGCCCAAGGGAUCUUAUCAUCUUUUUUCUUCAAAUAUGCUGAUACAAUCUUGAAAAAGUACUCCUCAACUAUUGCCACAAUCUUUACUGGCAUAGCUUCUGCUGUACUGUUUGGUCACACCCUGACCAUAAAUUUUGUUUUAGGAAUCUCAGUUGUGAUAAUCUCCAUGCAUCAGUUCUUUUCAUCAUAUUCAAAGGUUAAAGAUGAACAACGCAGUGGUAAUUUUAAAAUGGUGGAAAGCAUAGACAGCCAGAGGUCUAGGGAUGCAUCCUUCCCAAAUAAGACUGAUGUUAGUGAAAAUGCUAGCCACCAUGUUAAUGAGGAAAAAGGACCACUUCUUCCAGUUUAGGUUUGCAUAUAUUCGGUAUCUAUGAAUAUUGGCUUUUCUUACAAGAAAAUUUAUGGAGUAUACAUUCUUUUAGGUUGACUCAGACUCGGAGUGAAGAUAUAAUACAGAUCAUCCAGAAUAAUUACUUCAUCUCAUGCUUGGAUCAAAGUUGAAGAUCUGCUAUACUAAGUACUAAUAGAAGAGAAUAUAAAAAUAAUUUUAGUGUGGAUUACAGAAUUCUUAUUUUCCUUUUCCUCUAUCAAGGAAUACUCUUAUUAUUUUUAUUUUGUUAUUAAAUCAUUUUCCUUUAAACUCAAGGGAUCAUUGUAAACAUUAACAUUAAUUUUUAUCUUACGCAGUUUUGCCUUGAA